UACACCUACCAACUCAUUUACUAUUAUCAGCUAUUUAAACGUAUGUGUUUUUUCCUGUUUUCUGCUUGCUUCAGUUGACUUGACUAUAUAUUAGUAUAGCUUAAUUCAUCAGCAUCUGAAUCUCGUACAUUUAAGUAUAAUUAUAUUUAAAAAAAGAAAACAUAGUGUAUAUUUUUAGAAGUUAAAUAAAUCCCACGAGUCAAAAGUGGUCCUAAUCUAGAUCAUACAAAAUAUGGUGCAAUAAGUUAAAAAGCCUAAUCCAAAACAAAUCUGCAUCAGCUCGUAGCUCAUUAAUGGCGGAAUAAUCCAGAAAUUAUAGUUUCGAAUGCGUGUGCGAACCACGCUCUUGCACACGUGUGUGGAAUCAGCCAAGAGAUUGCACCCCUCUACUCCUGUGCUAGCAGGCAGUAGGCAGCUGGUAGUUAGUUGCAGAAUGCAUCCAAUUUAAUUUCGUUGAUUUCUCCUCUCCAACUAUCCAUCUAUUUAUGCACAGUUAGGUAUCAAACCAUUCAUAAAAACGCGGAUGCAUCACCGCUCCUAGUCCACCAAUCCAACGCCCCAAAAUCCACUGCAUUCGCCGACGCCGGCCAUGACGCCCGCCGGAAUAUUCGCCGGUUUGUUCAUCCUGCUGGCGGUCUACUGCGCCAUCGACCCGUUCCGGCACUCCGCGAUUUCCGAAUUCCCCGAUUUUGAGUCGGUUAGGGUUGAGAUGCCGCCGUGGUCCGCCCUCCCCGUCGAGAAGGACCGCCAGAAUCUGCUGCAGAAAUCGGAAAUUAGGUUUUUGAAUCAGGUGCAGGGCCCCGAGAGCAUGGCUUUCGACCCGAUGGGCCGCGGCCCGUACACCGGCGUCGCUGAUGGCAGGGUUGUUUUCUGGGAUGGAGAGAAGUGGAAUGACUUUGCCUACACUUCGGCUAAUCGGUCGGGGCUAUGCGAUCCGAAGCCAUCAGUGCUGAGCUACGUGAAGAACGAACACAUCUGUGGCAGGCCUUUGGGGCUAAGAUUUGACAAAAAGAGUGGUGAUUUGUACAUUGCUGAUGCAUAUUUCGGGUUGAUGAAGGUUGGCCCCGAGGGUGGUUUGGCCACGUCACUGACUGCUGAAGCCGAAGGUGUCCCCCUGGGAUUCACAAACGACUUAGACGUUGAUGAUGAAGGGAACAUUUACUUUACCGAUAGCAGCACCAAGUACAGAAGAAGGAACUUCCUCCAGUUGGUUUUCUCGAGCGAGGAUACCGGAAGGGUGCUGAAGUACAAUCCAGAAACAAAGGAAACCACUGUUCUUGUCCAGAACGUGCAGUUUCCAAACGGCAUUUCCUUAAGUAAGGAUCGUUCGUUCUUUGUGUUCUGUGAGGGUUCGAUUGGGAGGUUGAUUAAAUACUGGUUGAAAGGUGAGAAGGCAGGGACAUGGGAGCCCUUGGCCGUGCUCCCCGGGUUUCCGGACAAUGUGCGAACAAACGAGAAGGGCGAAUUCUGGGUAGCGAUCCAUUGCCGGAGAAGCAUAUACGCGCACAUCCUAGGUCUGUAUCCGAAACUACGGCAAGCCUGGCUGAAACUUCCGAUCUCUGCGAAGCUCCAUUACCUGAUGCAGAUCGGGGGGCGGAUGCACGCCGUGGUGGUGAAGUACAGCGAAGAGGGUAAGCUCUUGCAGAUUUUGGAGGAUAGGCCAGGGAAAGUGGUUAGAGCAGUGAGUGAAGUGGAGGAGAGAGAUGGGAAGCUUUGGAUGGGGAGUGUGUUAAUGUCGUGUGUUGCAGUUUAUGAUUUAGAUUAGACUGAUUAAUGUGUUGCUGUGUAUGUAAGAGAAUCCCAAUUGCCUCGUUUAGUUUUUGCUUGUUUAUGUAGCGCUUCUGAUGUGUCAAUCGAUGUAUACAUGCAGAAAUGGCUUCUUUUGCCACAUCUGUAUUGGAAGUUGGAACUCUCUCUUAUGUAGAACUUGUUGCCUUUAUUUUGUUUAUUUAUCUAUUCUUUUUUGGCA